GACGCGCUCGAACAUCAAAAAACGUGGCUAAUUCGUGAUUGUUCAAAAAAUAAAGGCCUUGCCAUAAAAACUCUUAAGCAGCAACUCCAAUGGUAUGAAGCUAACAGUUUCGACAAAGAAAAAACAAAAGCCAUAGAAAUUUUAGGAGGGCUUCCGGAAUUUGGAUUAUGA